CACAUGGGAGGUCACAUUCCUCAUGUUGCUUGUGGUGUACUUGAGCCAGGUUGUAACUGGAUCACUGGAACAUUGCCAUGUGGGUUCUGUGGGCACACUGGAGAGCCAGAGUGUGUGAUCACUGUCAAGCUACUCACACAAAUGACUCAAUGGGAUUCAAAGUGCCCUUUGAAGGAGUCAUUUCAGUAUGCCAGUGCCAACAAAGGGUCUGAAUCAUGUCCAUGUCACAAUGUGCCUAUUGUGUGCAAGUUGUGU